GGACGAGCCGUUUCAUGACUUUUGAAACCGAUCGCGACAUUUCUACGACGAUGGAAGACCGGCGGCGCGCCGACAGCGACGCCGCGGUAGAAGAAGGUGGAGUCAACGACAAGUUGACUGUGCGGCCAGAGUUUGUGUUAGGGGUCCGCGGGACGAUUCAAAAUAACGUCGAGUUUGGGUCGGACACGCACUUGAUCUUUCCCGCGGCGCACCAUGUGUGCUUGUACAACUUGGACAGACGAAGUAUGGAGUUUUUGCACCCGACACGAGCGAUUCGCAGCGUCCAGAGCAUGUGCGUGUCUGCAAACAAGGAGCUCCUGGCUGUGUGCGAGCAGGCCGGCGCACGUUUCUCGAAAAACAUCAGCGACCAACUCGGCGUGAGCCCGAACCAGAUCUCCAUUUACAAACUUGCAUCUCGGUCGCGGCUCAAAACUCUCCCGUCGCAGUCGCACUCUCCGAUUCUGUCGAUUGCGUUCUCGGCAGACAACAAGACUAUAGCUACGCUCGAGGACGCUCCGUCGUAUCGAAUUGGGUACUGGAAGUGGAGCACAUCCAAGCUAGUGGCCCAUGCCCCGUGCCCGUCCAGAGGGACGCGGAUCCGGAUCUGCCCCGUAAACUCGAAUUUUGUCACGAUCUCGGGCCCGAUGGUCCUGCGCGCGUGGACCCUGACGUCGACCGGAGACCUUCGCAUGACCAAUUUGAUCCCGCAGAUUCGAGAGCAAGAGCACUUCGUCGACCAUGUCUGGAUCAAGGAAUACCUCGUGACCGUGUCGGAACUUGGCACGCUUCUGACGUUCCGCGCGGCGGACGACGGCGUCGAGCUCGUCCACUCGACAAAGCUCGGGCAAAUCUCGCCGCAGCUCACGCUUGGAAAGAUCGAAACCAUCACGGCGAGCACGAAAGGCUUUGUCUUGGCUGGCGCCGCCGGAUCGUUUGGUGUGUUUGAGUUCUCGGACGACCCCAAAGACCCGUUCAUCUUGAUCCACGCCUUGUCGGCAGGCGACAUGACGUUUGAAAGCGUCGCGAUAUCGCCCAACUGCGAAACAGUCGUCGCGUACACCACCAACCAGCGGCUCGUGUCGUUUGCCAUGGGGUCCAUCGACGUUGUGCAGGACAACACGCACGCCGAGUUUUGCGACGUCAUCCCCAGUGGCACGCACUGCGGCGGCGUCUUGACGUUUGACGUUUGCUUGCAAAAACCCAUCGUGGUCACGUGCGGCGCGGACAAAACGAUCCGGUCGUGGAACUACCACUUGUCGGCGUACGAAGUCGUGGCGCAGCUGUCGGAGGAGCCGUCAACGCUGAGUUUGCACCCCGCCGGGUUUCAAGUCGCGAUAGCGUUCAAGGAGCGCGUGCGGUUGUACAACAUCCUGCAGGACGGCCUGCGCGUCCUCCGCGAAAUCUCGAUCAAGGCUGCCAACGUCCUCCAAUUCUCCCAUGGCGGACACCUCUUGGCCUGUGGCGCAGGGCUCAACAUGUACAUCUUCCGCACCCACACCUGCGAUCUCGUCCACACAUUCACGGGCCACAUCAACGUGAUUCAAUGCUUGCGAUGGACAGUCGACGACAGCAUCUUGUACUCUGCCGGGAACGACGGCGCGAUCUACUGCUGGAACACCCACACAGGCAACCGGUGCGACGACAUGCAACUUGUUGUCAAACAGACCAAGUUUACGUCCGCCGUCAUCGACGCAGACAACGCCAAAUAUGUAGCCGUCGGCGGGUCCGACGGCAAGUUGCGGGAAAUCGUCGCGGGCGACGAAGCGGCAUGUGUUGACGUUGGGAGCCCACUGACUCAUCUCGCUCUGACCAAGUCGAAUCGAUGGCUAUUCGUGGCCACUCGUGUGGGGACUGUGUAUGCGUUUGCCUGGCCGUUGGGGACGCAGACUGCGCCUGUACACGAAAUGUCACUCCACAGCGAACCCAUCACUCAGCUGCGAUUGACUGAAGACGAUCGGUACUUGAUCAGUUCGUCGGAUGAUGGGUGUGUGAGCGUCUUUCGCAUGGACGAAAACGCGGGGAUUUUGGCGGAGGUGGACCUCGUCCACCGGAAGAUGCCGACGAUGAUGACGGACGCGGUGCUCGUGUCGCGCGAGGAGAUCGAAGACAAGAACGAACAGCUCAGCGACUUGCAGCAAAAGUACGAGCAGGUGAAGAGCGACAUGGACUUUUCGCUGCACUCGAAAGAAAACGAGUGGAUCGAUCGGCUUCGGUUCCUCAAAGAAGAGUGCGAGCGGUCGCUCGUGCAAGAACGUGUUCGCUACGAAGAGCUGGAGCAGCGAUACCAGACGUCGCUGCGAAAGCACAGCGACGAGUUUGCGCAGAAAGAGUCGAAUCAUGCGACGAUAUCGCAGGAGCUCGAGAAUCGAUAUGAACACAAACUCGCGAUGGAAAUUGCUCGGUAUGAUCGGCUGUCGGAAGAAAUGGAAACGACCAGGCAACAAUGCGCGAUGCUGAUUGAAGCCCAGGAUAAACAGCAAAAGAUCGUCCUCGAAAACGAGCGCCGCGCCGCCAACUCGCGCGCCAAAGAGCAGGUCGAACUGAUCAAGCGCGUCAAAGAAGACCUCACGUACAAUCACGUCAAAUUUGAAGAAAUCUUGAGCCAGCAAGAAGAAGACUACGAGUUUCAGCUCCAAAAGGUCAAGCUCGAGUACGAAGACCAGCUGACGGCGGAGCGCCAAAACACAGCCAUCAAAGAAACCCAGAUCACGGGCAAAAACAGCAAAAUCGACUCGCUCAAGAAGAAGAUCCAGGAACUCAAGGCGAACGCGUCGGCGCGGGACAUGCUCUUGUCGACGGAAAAGGCCAAAACGGCCAAACUCGAGGCGGCGCUCGCCAACUAUGAGCGGCAUUUUGAGGGCCUGCAAGGCAGUAUCGACGAGAAAGAAAAGGCCGUGCAAAGCUUGAAAGCGUCGAACCGUGUGCUCGAGAGCUUUCGAUUUGUGUUGGACCAUCGCGUCGAAGAACUUCAGAACGAAAAGUCCCCGAUGCAAAAACUCAUUUCCGGCCUCGAGACCCACAUCCACGACGUCCAGCAAGAAAUGGUCGAAGAGUUUCAUCAAAAGGACCUGGCCGAAGAGACCCUCGCGUCCAAGGAAAUCAAGAUCAAAGCAUUGACGAACGAAGUGAACGCGCUGCGCCUCAUCACACGAAAAAAGGAGUCCGAGAUCGGCGCGAUGUCAAGGGAAUUCGCACGCAUUGUGCUCAUUUCCAACCCAAAAGAACUCGAGCGCGCGGUCAAGGAAGCAUACAUUGUAUUUGUCAAAGGAGAAGCGCCCAAGGAGAAGCGCACGCGCAGCAUCUUGUCCGCAUCGUCGCAGUCGCCCACGGCCAAGGGCGACCAGGAGCAUUCCCACGCCGCCCUGGCCGGCCUCGGCGGCGACGACAAUCGAGAAGUCGUCCAAGAAGCGUGCAAACAAAUGCAGUUUAUGCAUCGAUCGGUGAGCACGCUGAAGAACGCGCUUCACCACGCCAAGGCGGAAGCAGACCACCGCCAUCGAGAAGCCGUCACGGAAGGCAACAUCCUCUUGCAGGACAUGAAUGCCCUGCGAAAAGCGAACAAGAUGCUUGAGCUCAAAGUGAAAGAGAUGGAAAGCGCGCUGUACUUGGCCAACCAGGCUCACGAUGCCAAGGCCAAGGCCAAGCUAGCUCAGCCGCAGCAGCACCACCUCCAACAUCAUCCUGUCGACGCCAAACCAGGGUGCUUUUUGUCUCCGUUAAAAAAGUCGACAUCGUCAGUAUCUCUCACCGCCCAGCGCCUCGUCGUUGGCAGCGUCCUGCCCUUCCGAGCCAUUGAGAAAGCAAAAGACGCGUCCCGCAUUGUCAGCGCUGCGACAGCGAUGGACUACCGCAACCAACUGGACGCUCAGAAGAGGGAAAUCCAGCGGCUCAAAAAUCAAGUGAAACUCCUCCUCGACGAGCAAGCACAACAACAGGGUGGUCGAUCCACCCCGAAGGUCGAAGUGGGUCGAUCCCCCGAGAAGAGGGGACGAGGAAGUAUCGGCCAUUUGUCGUCUGCUCAAACGGCGCACAGCAUCACGCGACGACAAUCGUUUGUGUUUACAAGCGACCCAGCCUUGCACCACGACGCAUCCAACGGUUAUGACAUGUCGUUGUCGCCCAUCAUGGAUGGAAAAGCCAGCGACACAGCAGUGCAGCAAUGACAACGACAUAAUGCCAGCCCCUCCUGCUACUUUUGACUGCGAGGGCAGGAAGAGUCCAACCAUACUAUGGUGAAGGGCACAUUCUGCGAGCACGGACAUGAAUACUCCAAGGGAAGAGGAGGCGAAAUACUUCGAUGACCAGCCGCCGACCUCGUUGUUGUACACAACCUUGGCAGCCAUGGAGCACCCUCCUCCAUCUUCGAUAUACACACAGUGCUUGAAACGUUGUUGGCUUCGACAAAGUUAUUUCAACCAGCACUUGCAUUCUGAAAGGCAUUACGUCGCUGCAGUUGGCCCCCACUUGGGCGCUACCACUGUCUUGCUGACAAACGUUGAGCAGAGGGAGCGAUUCGCGGACGAGGCCGUGCAGUCUGUAUCUGCUUUGAACAUGAGCGUGUAGCUGCCAUCUGUGACUACUUGUCGCAAGCCCCGGCCAAUGGUGUCUGCAAAAAUUCCAAGAUCGCUUUCGAGCACUUGGAAUCGCACGACUUGGACGUCGCCAGGACCCAGGUGAAUUUUAUCAAACUUGAUCAGUCGCUUCGCCUCGGGCACGUCGCCUUCACGAUAAUCCUGCCGGACGAACAACAACACGACUUCUUGGCCAUCCACGGCACCCGCAUUGCGCACGGUCACGGCUACCUCGAUCGCAUUCGACGUGUUCGAUAUUGCCAUCGUCAUAUUCGAGUACUCGAACGAGGUGUAGCUCAGGCCA